CAAAAAAAAUCUCGUUGGUGGUAAUUUCGUUCCUCCAUCAUUUUCACACUAACAUCAGUCGAUUAAAAUACUCAGGGUGUGAUAUUCGGUUAAUAAAAUGAAAUUCAAAACAUUCAUUAAGGAUAAGAUUCAUAAAGGCACGGUAACAUGUUUAGGUUGGAGCAGCAACGACGAAAUCUACACAGUGUGCGACCAACAUCAAGUCUACAAAUGGUCAACAAAAAACUAUGAGCCCAUCGAAGUGGCUAAACUGCCAGACGACUUUUUCCCAACAGAUCUUCACUGGUUCAUAGCUCGUCAAUUAGGAAUAUCUUCGGGCAGCGAUUCAUUGCUGAUUACGAGUAGUGAUGGACGAUUUGUAAUUUUGAACAAAAAUGCUAGAGUAGAACGAAACAUAACAGCACACACGGGUAGCAUAACAACGGGUAGAUGGAGUCCAGAUGGUGCUGGUCUAUUGACAGCAGGAGAAGAUGGGUUGCUUAAAGUCUGGUCACGUUCUGGUAUGCUGAGAUCAACCGUUAUACAGAAUGAAGAAGCGAUUCGAUGCGCUCGCUGGUCACCAAACUCUUUAUCGGUAGCAUAUUGUUAUGCUGGGUUCAUAGCCAUAAAACCAUUGGCAGCGAAUAGUAAAUUGAUUAAGUGGCGUGCUCAUGAAGGACUAGUACUUGCCAUUUGUUGGUCCAACGACACACAUUACAUUGGCUCAGGGGGUGAAGACUGUCGCUAUAAAAUUUGGGAACCAAGUGGAACCGUAAUCUACACCAGUUCUCCAGACGAUUACGCUGUAACAUCUAUCGACUUUUGUCCCAAGGGUCAACUGUUGGCUGUUGGUAGUUUUAAUACCAUCAAACUAUGCAAUUUUAUGGGUUGGGCGUACAGUUACGAGAAGCAAUCUUCCACAUCGAUUGGAUCAUUGUUUUCGUUGAACUGGUCGUUUGAUGGCACUCAAAUUGUGGCUGGAUCAUCGUCAGGUAGUGUUUUAUUUGGCAAUGUUAUCGAACAGGAAUUGGCGAGCCAAAAUCUGCGAGCUAAAACGAUGAGUCGUAAGACAAUUCAACUGCAAGACAUUGUUACGAAAACUGCCGAUCUUAUUGACUUUCCGGAGCGAAUAAUAAAUUGGAAUUUGGGUUUUGGUCAUUUAGUUGUGGCUACAACUACUCAAGUCCACGUGUACAAAGAGAAAUACAUCAACACACCACUGGCUGUAGUUGAUGGCAGAAAUGAUGUUCGUGUGAUUAUCUUGGGGAAAAAAUAUUUCUUAAUUGUCGACAAUGUUUCCAUUUGGAUCUACACGUACACCGGUCGAUUGCACUUGAAUCCGAAAUAUUCGGGAAUGCAAGUGCAACUGAUUCAGUUGAAUCCUAAAUGUGUAUCGCUCGGAAUGCACUACAUUGGAAUCAGAAACUUUUCGGAUAAAACCAUGAUACACAUGUUUGACCUGAUGCCAGGUGCGAGCAGACAGAGUGAAGCAACGUCAAUACAACAUAAGACUAAUUUGACCGAGAUAAGUGUGUGUCGGGCAGGGAACCAGGAAGAUCAAUACAUCGUUUUUAUUGACGAACAUCGCGACCUAUUUUGCGCUACAGUUAAACGUAUUCAGAACCAAGACGACGAAAUUUACAAAAUUGGAACACAAGUUCAAUCAUGCAUGUGGGGAAGCGAAUCAAACAUCUUGGUCGGACUGCAUGACGCCAGUUAUAGUAUUUGGUAUUGUCCAGGCGAAGCCUGCAGUGAUCCGACACAGAUAGCUUUAACCACGGUGACUUUUGAUACGUCUGAAUUCGGUAAAAAUAUCACGUUGUACAACUUUGAGAAGUCGAUCAUCACGUUCCGGUGUUCCGGUGCAAUUUAUUCGGUGCAGAUAGAUGUUUAUUGUGAUGCCGUGCAUCGACUGCUGGCGGAUGGUAUGUGGAUGCAAGCGUUGAAAGUUUGUCGGAAGGCUAAGAACAAAACCUUAUGGGUAACACUGGCAGCGAUUUCGCUGAAAUACGAUCAACUCGAAAUCAGCGAAGAAGCUUACUGUGCCUCACUUCAAGUGGACAAAGUGGAAUAUCUACAGCAUAUCAAAGAACUGCCAGCAUCCAGUCCGGAGCAACUAGCCGAAAAAUGUGUAAUGAUGGGACGACUAAGCGAAGCAGAAACCAUUCUCACCAACAAUAAAAAGUACACCGAAGCCGUAGAAUUGCUGCUCCGGCUGCACAAUUACGAUCGAGCUUUAGACAUAGCCGAGCAGCAUCAAGCCGGAUUAGAGCACGUCCUCAGUGAACGGAAGCGUUACGUUGAGGCACUCGGGAGAAAUGAAUUUAGUCCGAAAUUUUUGAGAUUUACCAGUCAAUAGAACAUCUAUUGACGAAUUGUUUAUUCGGUAUAUUGACACACGCAACACAAACAUACAAAAAUGGUGAAAGAAUACUUUACGAGAGAAAAAAAAUA